CCGCUCCUCUCCUCCCAUCCCGCCCCAAACCCCCCACCUUCUUCCAGCACCCGCAAAUCCCCCACUCUCCCGAAGCAGCGAGCGAUGGCCCCCAAGGCGGAGAAGAAGCCGGCGGCGAAGAAGCCCGCGGAGGAGGAGCCGGCGACGGAGAAGGCCCCGGCGGCGAAGAAGCCCAAGGCCGAGAAGCGGCUGCCGGCGGGCAAGACGGCGUCCAAGGAGGGGGCCGGCGGCGAGGCGAAGACGAGGGGCCGGAAGAAGGGCAGCAAGGCGAAGAAGGGCGUCGAGACGUACAAGAUCUACAUCUUCAAGGUGCUGAAGCAGGUGCACCCCGACGUCGGCAUCUCCUCCAAGGCCAUGUCCAUCAUGAACUCCUUCAUCAACGACAUCUUCGAGAAGCUCGCCGCCGAGGCCGCCAAGCUCGCGCGCUACAACAAGAAGCCCACCAUCACCUCCCGGGAGAUCCAGACCUCCGUCCGCCUCGUCCUCCCCGGGGAGCUCGCCAAGCACGCCGUCUCCGAGGGCACCAAGGCCGUCACCAAGUUCACCUCCUCCUAGAUUGCAAUUGCAUCUGCAUUGCCUGUAUCUAUCUAGUAUUAGCUGGUUCUGUUACUUUACUUUGUGCUUGUCGACUCUGGUUAUCUGGAACUACAAGUGCUGUUAGUGCGGGAUGGGGAGUUGAUUGAUGGAUGAUUGCCGAUGCUCUGUUGCCUCUUUGGUUGUAACAACUGAAUUUGUGCUUCUUUUGGCAAACUGAUAUUUCAAAAGUAGUGAUUUAUUUCGCC